GCUCAGUUUUUCUCUCAGUUUUUCUCUGAUUUCGUCAGAGCUUGAUCUCUCCAUAGAAAUGGGUGCUUUCCGGUUUCACCAAUACCAAGUGGUUGGGAGAGCCCUCCCGACUGAGAAAGAUGAGCACCCUAAGAUCUACAGGAUGAAGCUUUGGGGUAGAAAUGAAGUAUGCGCCAAGUCCAAGUUUUGGUACUUCAUGAGGAAACUGAAGAAGGUGAAGAAAAGCAACGGGCAAAUGCUUGCCAUCAAUGAGAUUUUCGAGAAGAACCCUACGACAAUCAAGAAUUACGGAAUCUGGCUGCGUUAUCAGAGCCGAACUGGGUACCACAACAUGUACAAGGAGUACCGUGACACAACACUCAAUGGUGGAGUGGAGCAGAUGUACACUGAGAUGGCUUCUCGUCAUAGAGUGAGGUUCCCUUGCAUUCAGAUCAUCAAGACUGCAACAGUCCCUGCAAAGCUGUGCAAGAGAGAGAUCACCAAGCAGUUCCACAACUCGAAGAUCAAGUUCCCUCUUGUUUUCAGAAAGGUCAGACCACCAACCAGGAAGCUGAAGACUACAUACAAGGCAUCAAAGCCUAACCUUUUCAUGUAGAUCCAAUUGGCAUGAUUAGGGUUCUUGUUCCUAGUCUGAACAAAACACUGGAGUUAUCUUCUCGUGAAGAUUUUUGAACUUAUUUUUGUUUUAGAUAUGAUACGAUAUUCAGGCUUGAUAGUUAAGGUAAAUGUGGGAGAGUUGUCAUAAAUCAAUCUGCUUUGGAUGCAAACCGUCACUAAACUAGCAACACUUAAUUCUCAGUCUGGUCUUUUCAACGGGUUCUUGUCAAUUUUCAUCAGUUUUCAAAGUUUUGCUGUCUGAGAGGUACUGUUUCAGAAAGUAAAAGCUAUGGAAGUGG